CUCCAACAACAGAGGCGUCUGAUUGAACAGUUGAGGUGUGAAGCUCAGAUCACCCGAAUGAGAGUUUCCCAAUGUAUUGAAGAUCUAGUUAAAUACUGUGACAAUUAUGCUGAAGAAGAUGUCUUGAUAAAGGGAUUCCCCAAGCCUAGUGAUAACCCAUUCAAAGAGAAAGGUGGAUGUGCAAUUUUA